AUGGAGAGCAGGAAGGACAUGGUGAUGUUUCUGGAAGGAGGGCAGCUUGGCACGCUCGUUGGCAAGAGGGGAGCUAAUUUGUCAGAAGCAGUGGGGAGCCCUGGCCCCGAACCCCCAGAAAAUAUGAUCCACCGGAAUUGCCUGAGUCCCCGCUCAGGCCCCUUGGCGUCCCGGGAGAGGGGCGGAGGCGGCAAGGAGGAUGAAGUGGAAAGAUUGCCCCGAACAGCGACGGGGGCGGGAGCAGAGAGCCGCCCAGCGGGGCCGGCUGGGGUGGCCCCACCGCCCUCCUCCGAGUCCCCCUCGGCCAAAGGCCAGCAGAGCAGCUCAGAUACCGAGUCGGAUUUCUAUGAAGAAAUCGAGGUGAGCUGCACCCCAGACUGCACCGCAGGGAGCGCCGAGUACCAGCACAGGAAAGGGCCAUGCUCCGAGGCUCUGGCUGGCAGUCCCAGCAGCGGAGGGGAGCCCCCCAAGAGCGGCGGCGGGGGAGGCCCGGGAGGCGGCGGCGGGGGUGGCGGCUCCCAGGGCUCCCUGGCCUGCAGCGCCAGCGAUCAGAUGCGCCGCUACCGCACGGCCUUCACGAGGGAGCAGAUCGCCCGGCUGGAGAAAGAAUUCUAUAGAGAGAACUACGUGUCGCGGCCGCGGAGGUGUGAGCUGGCGGCCGCCUUAAACCUUCCGGAGACCACCAUCAAGGUGUGGUUCCAGAACCGCAGGAUGAAGGACAAGAGGCAACGUUUAGCCAUGACCUGGCCUCAUCCAGCUGAUCCUGCUUUUUAUACUUACAUGAUGAGCCAUGCUGCAGCCACAGGGAACCUGCCCUACCCAUUCCCCUCCCAUCUGCCCCUUCCUUACUACUCACAUAUGGGCCUCGGAGCCACUUCGGCCUCUGCUGCCACCCCAUUCAGCACUCCCCUGAGACCCCUGGAUACCUUCCGGGUCCUGUCCCACCCUUACCCAAGACCUGAACUCCUCUGUGCUUUUAGACAUCCAUCUCUGUAUCCAGCACCAACAACGCAUGGACUUGGGGGUUCAGGGGGCAGUCCAUGCUCAUGCCUGGCUUGUCAUGCCAGCCAGUCCAAUGGCCUGGCACAGAGACCUUCUGGCUCAGACUUUUCCUGCUCCUCCACAACCAGGACGGACUCUUUCAUCACCUUCACGCCCUCUGUAUUGAGCAAAACCUCCUCAGUGUCCCUGGAUCAGAGGGAGGAAGUCCCCCUUACAAGAUAA